GCAACGCUGCCGUCCGUGGACUCGCCAAACAUGGAGCUUAAGACGCCCAAAGCCAGAGCAGAAGUCCAGAGAGGUGUUGCGCGGCCUGCUCCAGUGCUGGAUGCGCAGUUGCCACCGCCACCCCCGGAGAUGGGUGUGGAGACUCCGCACGUCUCUCCGCAGAUGCUGCUUACAGCCAGCGGCGGUCUCUGCCAUCUUCAGCUGCCCAACAAGCCCGAGGAAGGCGGCAGCCAAAGCGAAAGAAGCGCAGGCGCUGGCGAGAAGCCUUCCGAGGACCAGACGGGCGAGAAAGAUACCAAAAUGGCUUCCGUCCAGGGCUCGCUGAGUCGCUCUGCCAGCUUCAGCAGUACAUCUAACGAAGAGGUCGUGGACAAGAAAGGAAGCGCAAAAAUCAGACGCACGAGCGAAAGCUCAAUUCCAUCGUUUUUCGAGAAAGAGGCCGCCUCCAGUCGCCUGUGGCAGUUUUUGGAGGACCCCGACUCUAGCAGUGCAGCUUUCUACUUCGCCACGACUUGGAACUAUUUCAUAACCUUUUCCAUUGUGGUGUCGAUCCUUCAGGGAGGACACAGCCCAAUGCUAUCUGCAACCGCAGAAGGUCUCAUCCAGAUCGGAGUGGAGGUGACCUUGAUAGUGGAGUUUGUGGCACAUUUCUAUGCCAGCAACACCUGUAUUGCCUUUAUCAAGAGCCCGUACAACAUGAUUGACUUUUGUGCGCUGCUUCCUCUGGCUGUUCGAUGCUAUUCUGGUACGGAGAUACCCACACUGGCCGAAAAUUUGUGGGUACACUACGCACUCACAUGCUUUGUACCCCUGAUCCGUUUGCUGAAGCUUGUUCGACGCUUUCAGAAGCUACAGCUGCUUCUGCAUGUUCUUACAACAGUCAUUGAUGCGCUGAAGCUCUUACUCUUCCUGGUCAGCAUUAUUGUCCUCAUUUUUGCAGUUGCCUUGUACAUGACGGACACCCCGGAUAACAUUGAUUCGUUGCCUUUGGCAAUCUGGAUGUGCACAGUCACCGUGACCACAGUGGGCUAUGGUGAUGUGACUCCGUCCACCUGGCCAGCCAAAGGUGUUGCAGGAAUGCUAUGCUUCAUAAGUGUGCUUUUCAUGGCAAUGCCAAUUUCAGUUGUCGGAAAUGCGAUGUCGCAGACCUGGUCCGAUCGACACAGAAUUCUCCUCGUGACCAGAGCCCGGCAACGGCUGAAGAAUUGGGGAGUCUCUGCUAGCGACAUGCCCAGGCUGUUCAAAAAGUUUGAUCAAGAUGGCAAUGGAGAACUUGGCAUGGAUGAGUUUUGUGACUUGAUUGCGCGAAUGAAAGUUGGAAUGAAGCCAUCAGAGGCCUCCGACCUCUUCGUGGCGUUCGAUACCGAUGGUUCGGGAGGGAUCGACGAACGUGAGUUUAUGAAAGCACUGUUUCCGCUGGAUUAUCGGCGAAUGUACAGACGGGCUUCUGGCAUGACCUUUGGAGCUUAA